AUGAACGAGCUACUGAUCAGAUCGAAGAGCGGCAUUAAGCUGUACACCUUCGAGCGGAACCAGAAUAACGAAUACACAGGAAAAGUGACCUUCGAGUAUGACGGGUGCAUACACGACGCCAUCUGGUCGUGCGAUGGGAACUCCUUCCUCAUCCUGCACUCCGUGGAGGGCUUACUUCUCAUAUCCAACUAUACCGACAGAGCAAACAUAAAGGUGAAUAAAAUAACCUGCCAGAGCAGAUACAAGGAACUCUUCACCGACGACAAUAUCAAGCUAAUUAAACAUGUGCAGUGGUCACCAAGCAAUAAAUUUGUUGUUUUCUUUUUCCCCUUUGAGGAGAAAAAUUUUGUCUCCAUAGGAAAUCUACUCCUGUUUAGUGUACAACAUACCAAAGUGUUGUGCUCCUUUAAGAUUAGGAAAAAGAUUUGUAGCAACUGGCCUAUUAUCCACUUCACCACGGAGGACAGGUACUUUUUUCUCGAGAAAAAGUCCAACCUUUAUGUGUAUGAUACGGUUCAGUUGUUCCAAACGAAUGCAGAGGUGCUGCACAAUCUGUCACAUACAGAUAUCCCAACGAAUUACCUCUUCACGUGGCACCAUCCAAACGUCAUAGCUAUGUAUGUGUCCCCCUAUGUUGGAGAAGACGACGCUAGGUUUUUCAUUGUUCACACGAAGAAUAAUUUUCUGGGUGAUGUUUAUGUGUAUAAGAUAGAGGGUCUGUCCUCCUCGAUGAGCGACGCCUGCGGGGGAACAUCACUCGGUUCACCAAUCGGUAAUACCACGACGAAGCUAAACGAAUGGGAAAGCGGCCCCCUCAGAAGGAACGUCUCCCUGGAGCUUCUAAUCCAAAAAAGUUUUGACAAUCUAGACAACCUUCACUGCAUGUGGUCCCUCAGUGGCAAGCAUGUUAUCCUCAUGGUAUACACCAACGACACGACGAACAAGUCCUACGGCUACGUCAGCAACUGUUACUACUUUUCCCUCAGUGCAAGACAUAUGGGUAUGCGAAAGAUUAACGAAAACGUGGCACAGGAUGUUAAAUGGAACCGAACAACAGAUGACUUCCUCCUCAUUGAAGGCAAAUCAGAUAAUUCUAUUUUUCUGUAUGACCAUAAUUUAAAUGUCAAGCAGAAAAUAUCGUCCCAAUAUAAGAACACCAUUAAGUGGUGCCCCUUUGGGAACAUGAUUGCUCUAGGGGGGUUCGGCAACUUAGCAGGGGACAUCUGUUUUUACUUUAAAGAGAAGGACGAUUCGGUUGUUCUGAUAAAACAAUACAGAGAACCAUGUACCGUUCUCUGUGAUUGGUCUGCAGAUGGUACUCUCUUCAUGACGGCUUCCACCUACCCCAGGAUGAAGGUAGAAAAUACUUUUAAGAUAUACACUUACGAGGGGAAGCUUGUCAACAGCUACAACUUCAAUGAGCUUUAUGAUGUCCAGUGGAAGAAGACCCCCCCUGGGAUGCUCCCAGAACCACCAAAACCGCAGGCCAACCUGAAGGACAACAAGCGCAGCGUCUACAAGAUUAAGUAUAUGAAUGUGGAUGCUGCUCUGGGGAGUGGCACCGGUAGCGGCAUCGGCAUCGGUAGCGGCAUGGGUAGUACCCCCGGAAGUGGUCUGCUGAGUGGACUAGUUAGCCCUCCCGUAGGCGUUCCCAUUAGCGUCAACAACUUCAGCAACGGAAACGCCUCUGACGUUGUGGAUGAUGCUACCUUUAAGAAAACCAAGGGGGGAGGCGAACAAGGUGAGAAGGACAGGGCAAAAAUGGGCAAGGCUACUGUGGCUCCCCCUGUUCCUUCCCCCAACAGUGCACAAGCAGCGACCGCUACGCUGGGGAGGAAGAAGAAGACGGAGAAGGGGGGGAAUGCUUACGAUUGGGAUGUGGACUGGAGAAAUAAAACCGCCUCCGGUACGGCAGUGACAGGUUCAGCAACAGCAAGUUUGGUGGUCCCCCCCACCGGCGUGAACAGCGUCAGUAACAUUGGCAGUAUGGGAAGCAUCGGCAGCCUCGGCAACGUCAGCCUUGGCAGCGUCAGUGUAGGUAAACCCCCAGAAGAGAAGCACGACCAGGCAGUUACCCCCUACAUGGAAAGGAAGUACAUCGAUGCGUACACCGUCAAUGGUAGUACUGAUGACCUACUCAGGAGAGACAACGUUUUUGGUAGCAUGGUGGAUGGACGAAAGGAGGACUACCCCCCACAGGGUAUUCCUUACACAGAUAGCGCCAACGGUGUAAACGCUCCAGCGACAGACGAUAAAAAGAAACAGAAGAAGAAAAAAAAGGAAAAGGAAAAAGAACAAGGCAAAAUCGAUGUGCACCAAAGUGGCGGCAUCGCAAAGCAGGUAGCGGCCAACAGUUGGGCCAGUCCCUACCCAAGUCACAGCGUCCAAGAUGGGACUAGCUUACUUUACUACAUGGGCAGAAGUAACGUGCAGGUGGGCAUGCCCCCUGGUGGAUUUCCCCCAAAUAGCUUUGCUCCUAAUGGUGGCCCCCCUGGAGAGUGGAACAGGCCAGAAGUGCAGACCAACAAAGGAGUACCAAUGGAGGUCACACAGGAGAAGCAGGCGCCGGAGGUUAUCCCUAACGAUGGGAAUGACCCAGAUCAGGAUAAGAAGAAAAAAAAGGAAAAGGUAAAUAAAAAAAAGAAAAGUGAAACCUCCAGUGGAGGCAAUGAGAAUGGCAUCAUUGGGGAGGACAAGGUGGUUACGCAAAACGUGGCAACUACAGCGGCCACAUCUACGACGAUGAUGCAGGCAACGGCGCCACCCCAAAGUAGUAACAAAAUCACGAGCUUCCUGUCAAGAAUAAUGAAAUACAAGACUGACGUGUCUGGCAGGCAGGAUCGUGUCACGGAUGAGCGUAGUGAAGGCAACCUACGUGACGUACCAGUGGCCCCAACCGGGACGAGUGCACACAAUUCUGUUAACACACAUGGUGCAUCACGUAACAGUAAUGGUCACCCCAUCGUAGGGGUAGGUCAUGAUAAGGAAGGAAGUAACACGCAACCUGAGCUGAACAACAACACGCUUCUUAGCGAAAUGUAUGGCCUCCCCAAAAGUGGCGCAAAUAAAAAUAACACAGCGUCCCCCCUAUUGCAGCAGCCCCAUUUUAAUGCACUACCAAACGGAGUACCCAUGCAAAGUGGUAGUAACUCCUCCCUGUUUAACCACCUUCCGGGGGUAAAGCAGAGGAUUCAGGGAAGCAACCACCAUCCUGAACGAACAGACGGACCGUCAACAAGUAGCAACAUGCUAAAUGGAGGAAUGUACUUGCAUGCCUUCCAACAACAGAGUUACAGUGAGGUUACUAAAGGGAGUGCAAACCAAAACAACCACCUGCACAUGACGAACCAUGAAGGAAAAGCGUUUUACUCUUCUGCAUUCCCCGAGAAAGGAAGCAGCGAAGGACCUAUCACCGAUGCGUCCUCCAAGGAAGUGAACCCUACUAAUGGGAAUGAACAAAGUAGAGGUACCCUUCGUGAUGGUCCUGAGAGUAAGAAGUCAAAUGAGGAUUUGCUAAGGUUGUUUAAGAGGGUGUUACCUCACGCCACCGUUAAUAUUGUCCCAAAGAAUCAACACACCAGUAAUGGUAAUAAUAGUAGUAAUGGUAAUAGUAGUGGUAAUGGUCGUGGGGACCCCGUGUUGAAUGCCUCCAUUGGGCAUACCGUUAGCAGCGCACAGAAUGUGGACUCGUCUGUGGCAGCUCCACGGAGGAACCUCAUGGAAGAAAUGCGAAAAGAGUAUCCAAACGGAAUGACCUUCAAGAGGGAACAUAUAGACAUGGCAAUGACCCCAUCGAGUGAACAUAUAGGAGGAGACGAAGCAAGUAGUGCCAACUACGAACGUAGCAGUAGUAACAGUAACAGCAAUAGUAACGGUAACAGUAACAGUAGUAGUGCUUACGCCCAGCGUGGGAAGGAAAUGCAGAAGAAAGAUUUGGCCACGGACAUGAUCAUGAGGAUGAAGCAGAAGGAAGAGCAACAGAGUGACAACAACAGGAUGACGAUGGGAUCACCCACUGGAAGUGAAAACUCCAUUCCAGCCAAUAUAAAGUCCCACCUUUCCAGUUUGGACCUCUGUGAAUUGCUAAAGUGUUACCACUCUCUUAACGUUCAGCUGAUUCAGUUAAAGUUGUAUUGGAUCAUCCAUAAGGUUCAGGCGUAUGACUCGACCAGCAGUGGAGGUACCAACGCCACGGAACUGAUCGCGAAGGAGAAAAAAAUCAUAGCCAAAGUGAAGGAAAUGAAAGUCCUCCUAGAUUAUGCGAACGAUUUGGUAAAGGAGACUUUUCAGAAAAACAGAAAAAAAUACGAAAGUCUGAUUCAGCAGUUUACCGUUAUUCUAAAACAGCAUGACAACCUGUACCAACAGAAGAAGGAGAAAAUCAUGCGGGACCACUCGGACAAGGAACCCAUUGUGCACUUCAUUUGCAACAUCGAAAGGAUUUUGCAGAGGUAUGUCACAACGAAUGGGGAGGAGCAACCAGCGUCUCCUUCUCCUUCCAUUAGGGGUUCACAUCAGCACACCGGUGUGGUCAAUGGCAGGGGGGAAGAAGCCCAACCGUCCACAGUGCCUAACAACAACGCAGGGGAGUACACAAGUGGCUUCACGAAUAAUUAUGCGGGAGUAUACCCGACCAGUUAUUCGAACGUUAGGAAGACCGUACCCCCCGUGGAACUGCAACAGAAGUACCUCAUGCAAAAAAUGAGUGAUCACGGCAAACGGACCGAUGGAAACUACGACGAACAGAAUCUAAACCGGAACAAAAUAAGUCUCUCUGAGUUUCAGAGAAAUUAUGUUACAAAAACAAUUGGGGGGAAUAAAGAUGAGGAGAUCAAAAAUUUGUUAAAGCGUAGUGGCGCGAAUAAUGAACCCGGAGCAGCUUCUUCGCUUCAGAUGACCUAUGCGGAAGAGCAGGAGGACAAGAAGAACAACCCACUAGGAAGAGGAGGCGGGUACGCUCCCACCACCAGGGGGAGCAUCUACAGUAGAGACGCCGAAAGUGUGGAAAAUUUCCUCCUCGAUGGUCACAACAGCAACGGUUCCUGCCCCUCCCCCCUGCUCAACAGAAUCAACAAAUCGCUACUGAACAAACCGGGGAAGGAGGACGGGGCGCAGGAACACGAUAGCGUCAAGGGCAUGUCAGGCAAGUACAGUCUGUUAGAACUUUUGAGGAAGAAAAAGCAAAUGGAGCUGCAGGGUGGUAUGCAAAGCGGAAUGCAUAGUGGACUGCAGAGUGGCCUACUGAGCAACCUGCGGGCCGCUGCCCAACGGAGGGAAGACCACAUGGACGCCAGCUCCAUCUCCAUGCUGCGUAAAGCCAACCAGGGCGCCCAGGGGGCCAAGUACCCCCCCCAAGAGGAGGACAUAACUAACAGGAUAAAGAGCAUGAUGCAUGUGGGCGCCAAGGAGGAUAAUCAAUCGCAUCAAUCACAUCAAUCACAUCAGUCACAUCAAUCACAUCAAGCGCCACAGCAGCAGAUGAGCCCACCCCCGCCAGACCACAUAAAUUACUAUUACCAAAACGCCCAAGCGGACAAAACCACGUUCGGAAGUCAAGCGAAAAACGAGUCGAACGCGCUAAACCAUUCCGGUAGAGUAAAAACACCAGUCGAUAUGAUAUCCACCCCGAUGAGCGAGACAAGGAAGCAGGACGCGCAUGCAAACAAACAACACCAACAGUACGCUUCGGCGAAGGAGUACAUGCACUUUAGUGACUACAACUCUUUUGUGAAGAGCGCCAAUAUGUACCCUAGCGGGGUAAUGAUCAACUCGAAGGAGGACCUCUCCCCGGAAGGAAGCGACCAGAAGAACGGGGGAGCCACAACGGGGGUAGCAGUUGGUACCGUUGGAGCAGGUGGACCAGUAGGAGGCGCCUUGAAUGACCAGAGAAUAGCUGCAAGUGGAGAGAUGCACCCCAACGCAUCACAUCCGCCACAUGUCCUCCCCCCCGCUCAAACCAUGCAACAACCUGCCCAACCGGCCCAAAUGGUGUGCAAGAUUCCCAGCAUCUACAAAACGAGUAGCACCAGUAAAAGUAUGAACAGUUCAGGUGAAAAGAAGAACGGAACGUACAGCCUUCCCGAGAUGGAAGAAGUGAAACGUCCAGAUGCCUUGCGAGAUAAGUGUUGGCAGUACGUGGACCCCAAGGGAGUAGUGCAGGGACCGUUUUUCCUCGACGAGAUGCGCAUUUGGAGCGAAAUGGGAUACUUCGAGCCGAUGCUGCCCGUCCGCUGCUGCGAUUCCGAUCGCUUUGUUGCCCUGAACAAACUGUUCCCCCCGCCACAUAAACCCUUCACCAUUAUUCCGAAACCGCAGCCGAUAUUGCAGUGGGACGAGGAGUCAUGA